AUUUUCUGUCGAUAUUUUCGCGAUAUAUCGAUCAUUAUUAACGAUUCCGUCUAUUAACGACGCUUUAAUCAAUAAUCUUUCUUUAAUUAGUCGCGUUUGAUUUUAUUUCGCGUUUGAACGAUUUUCAUAUUCACAUGCACCUUUUACAAGAAGCCUACAAAUCCAGAAAAAAUUCUACGCAAAUUUAGGAAGUAUCGGCAAAAGCGCGUGUAAACAACGAAAGGACGACCGAGAGUUCGCCCUUGUUACGACUUUCCACAUCGUAGUUAUCGUUCGUGUAAGCAACUAUCCAGACGUGUUUCAAGCUGCUCCUACUUCGUUAAUUCCAGUUCGUCUAACUCGUCACUUACAUCCUAUAAUAUUUCUCCACCUUCUUUUCACCAUGUCCGAUACAACGAACGUGUGUGCGUGCGCUGCACCCCGUACCAAUUAGCGCAUACUUCGGCUCUUGGUGUUCGGGACCCCAGCAUGGUCCCGACAGAAGGUGCUCUCUCUCAGGACCCAACGACGACGACUACGACGAGGCACGGUCCGUUUUCAAGGUGACUUUUCUUGGCAUAUUUAACCCUUCGAACGUUAAGUCACAGUGCCGGAGAGUAAGUUUUUUGGACCCGAUCCUCUUUCUCUUUCUUUCUUUCUCCUUUUAUCCCUUUCUCACAUCGUAAUCGUUAUUUUCUUACAGGUCAGACGAAAUGAAAGUGAAUUAACCUAAAAUACGAUAAUUACAUAACAAUUCGAACGUUCGAGACUUUCGACCAAUUAAAUCCUUUAGAUCGUGUCUGGUUAUACGACGAUUCGUUAGACGAGUUAUUUGUAACGACGUUAAGUAAAUCGUAAAUACGUUACAUCUCUUUCGCGUAUACACAACGUACGAUUUACAUAUUGGUAUUAAUCCAAUCGCUCGAUAUAUCACGUAGGCUAGUUAUUAAUUUAUAAUAUAUUAGUAGAUACGUUAGAAUAUCUCUUACUACGAAUAAACGAGUUAAAAUAUGAAUGAUCUUCGAACUUAUUUUCUAACUAAUCUUCUCGAUUAAAAAUAUAUACAGAAACGGGUGUUAAUUACAAGCUCCGUACAUCCUCUUCCUUCCUCGUCGUCCGAUAGAAUGAAAUCGAUCUAAUAUUCUUCUUGCUUUCGAAUACGAAUGUAUAAUAACAUAAAUGUAUACUUACGUUCUUGUUUUUCCUUCGAGACAUUGGCCUUGUUCACUCACUCACUGUAAGAAUAUUUAUUUACAUCGAUUAAUUGUAUAUUCAUUACUCGACCGAUAUAUUUACAUACGCCAUCCGACACUUUUUAUAUCAAGCGUAUUUAUACAAUGUCGAUUAUUAACCAAUAGGAAAUAACUUGGUCUUUAUUAUACGUCCCCGUGAUUGGUCAACCAAAACCGGAAAUAGUCAUUAGUCUACAAUACUUUUUAUACGAAAUGUAUUUAUACGACAUCGAUUGUCAACCAAUAGGAGACAAUUUCCUCGUUAUUAUACGCCUUUGUGAUUGGUCAACGUAAGUUAGAAAUAAUUGUUGGCUUAUAAUUGGUCCUCUAAUUUUUUUUCCGAUUAAUCCUGAAAUAAAAUUAUAAUCAAAUAAACUUUGCGAUUAUUAAUAUAAUUAAUUUAACUGAAAACGAUGCUGACCAACUCUUUGAAUUAUUUCUUUUAUCUCGUAUACAUAUGAUUGCUAUAUUUAAUAUUAAUUAUAUGUAACUUUCAAUUAGACGAGUUUUCAAUUGAUAUAAAUGUUCAUAUUAAUAUAACGGUAAGUCGAUAAAGAAUCAAUCUUCAGACAUAAUGAUUAAUUUCUAAAAAAGAAAAUACGAAGACGAAACGAAACGCCUCUCUUACGGGUCCCAGUAACGGUGUCUUGCAUCGUGUUUCGCGCCACAUGUUUAAGUAUAGAGUAAAUGUAAAAGCUACGUAAUAAUCUACGACGAAAUUGUAGAUACCAAAAAAGAAGUUCGAGAAAUACUGUAUGCAUAAUUUUUAUGCAUAUUAUUAUUAUUAACGUCUCUAAUUUUUCUACAGGUAAUAUAUCUACAUCUCUACAUAGCUAAGUACACUGCAUAUUUCACUCAAUGAGAUCAUAAUUCGUUUGUUAACGUUACGAUCACCUAACCUUUCGAGACAUAAUCAUUUUUAAAUUUUCCGCGCUCUGAUUUUCAUAUCACUCAAAGCUAUUUGGGACUGAUGUAAAAAAUAAAAAAAGAAAAUUAAAAAAAAAAAAAAAAGAAAAAGAAAAAGAACAAAAAGACAAAAUUAAGUUACAUUUUCAGGAUGUCGUGUUUCGGUGGUCAGUACAAGCAGAUAUAUCUCGCGGAGGUGUUGGUCGAAAAAUUACAAUUGACACCGAACAGAAUAAAGGAGAUUGAUGAUGAAGCCGUGGCAAUCAAAGUCAAGCUUCUCGAUUUCCCUCUAUUCGAGAUGGCACGGGAAGAUUUUGAAUCGUUAAAGAAAUCACCUGCUAUUAUAGACAAAGACGGAAUUAUACGUUUUUCUAUAGGUAGAAGUUGUUUAUUUAUUAGGAAACCGAAAGAUCUCGUGGAAGAACUUCGUACUGCAAGCGUUGGUAUCGGUGUAUUUCGCGUUGGUGAUACUUUUCCUUUGGCGGAAUCCAUUGUUAAAUUAUCCGGUUGUUUAUGCGACCAAGUCGCAAUGUCGACCAACGAUCCCGAAAAUAUGCCGAAGCCGUUUUCCGUCAAAGGUGGUUUUCACUUGUUGGAUCCCGGAGAAAAUCCAUCGGGAGUAUUGGAUAUGGAAUUGAAGAUCACUUGUUUGGGACGAUUCGUAACUACAAAAUACGAGCUUAGACCAAGUUUUUUCGUUUUCAAAAAAGAAAACGACAUGCGAGAAUUCUGCGUUGAACGAAAUAUACCGCCUCACGUACGCGAGGAUUUGCUCAAAGAAGACUAUGCUUUGCCAGAAUCUAUACAUGAAAAAUUUAUGGCCAGUGCAGACCUCAAGGAAUUAGCCCCUGAAAAGAAUAAAAAGAAAGCUAAAAAGAAAGGCAAGAAUGCUCGUUAUAUCUGUGACUACGUCGAUCUCGUAAGUUAUCCGAUGAGCAAAAAAUCGUGUAAAAAAGGAAAUAAUUCAUUGCAACGAGCUUCGUCGUCGCCGCGACUCUCAAUAAACGAUCCAGGUUUUAAAGAUUUAACAACAGCUGAGAAGUUGAACAAUCGUGAGUAUCGUAACCUGAUUUAUAAAGCUUAUCCCAAUGAAUCAACUUGCAAUUGCCUGCCGAUAAACCAAACGCUACAUCCAUUAAUAUGCCGUUCCGGUUGUCAGCGUCUGUGUUGCAUGAAAUUAAGAAAUCCUCAAAAGCUCAUUGUAAUAUGUAAAAACGAAAAUUUACCGUCAGAAACGAAGAAGCAAGAUAAGAUGGAUAAUGAGCGAUUAAGAACCGGAGCGAGUGCAGAGGAUCAUUAUACUAAUAACAGUACAUCGAUCGACGUCAACAAUAACAUCGAAUUCACUUGGUACGGUGAUAAAAUCACUAAAGAAAAUCGUUUGCAAGGCGGAGGACACGAAUAUGAGCUACCAGGUUGCGUGUGUUCCGGCGCACCGAGUCUUUACAAAAAAACCGAAGAAACGGGUUGUAAGGCCAGAUUGAAAGGUUUGGAAAAGGCGAAGCCCGGUUGUACCUGCGCAGGACAGAGUCCGCCUAUUCUGAGAAAAGCCAGUCCAGAUUGCAAUAAGAAACCUUGUACGGGCAUUGACUGCAUCUUGCGCGCAUUCAAGGAAGCCCAAGAAUUCGUAGAUUCUUUAGGGAAGGUACCUGGUCUCGAAGGUUUGGGCUUGAUGGACCCUUCGGAAAGCCCUUUUUUUGGCAGAGACAUCAGCAAAGAUUACGAGACCGAGGAAGUACAGGCAGAGAGGAGAGCGCAAGCUAUUUCCUCGCAAUUACCAGUACCGAAUCCUCGUUGCACGGCUCCUUGCAAUCCACGUAUCGGAGCACAUAAGUUUGACACAGGCAUUAGUACCGUUUCCGUGCCUCAUUCAACUUUGCCUUACACCGCAGCAACGCCACUAACGAUAGCCGUGCCAGGUCGUACAGGGGUCGUACGCGAAGCUGUACCUGCGCUACCCGAUGACGGUUCGACCAUCGUUUAUGCAAAGCCAAAAAAGAAGGAAGAGAAGAAAGAGGAAAAGGCCGACAAGUCGAAGGAAACGGAGGCGACGCCAGCUGUACCUUUGGAAAUUGAUCUGGGUCCUUGCGGUGAACCUAAAUGUAAAUCAAGACGUAAGAAGGGCACAACUACUGUAGAAUCCGUCGAGAAUGUCGAGUUCUCUCAUAAGAAAUCAGCGACGCAAAUAAAGACUCUAACUACUGGUGUGACAACCCCUCUGACCGGUAGUAAAAUCAGCGAGAAAGGUAAACAUAAGCUUAAGGUCAACUCUGUAAGUCCCUCUGGAGAUCGCUCUAUUAAAACACCGAUAAAGGUCAGUAAACGCGUGAUGCGUUAUGUUUAUUCUAUCGGCGACGUUUAUCCUGGUAUUCAUUACGGUCACAAGAAUUGUAUAGAUGUUCGCAUGAGAGUACCGGCCAAUAUGGGUUGGCUAUGGAACACCAGCAGCACGCUUUACAACUUGAAACCACGAAUCGGCUGGAAACCUGGUGCUAUUGGAAGAUACUUGAACGAAUUGCUUAAAGAGGCAAAAGCUGGAUCGAAAGGUAGACCAAGGGUGGUACCUUUCCGCGCUAGAAAAGGCAAAACCUACAGGAGUAUGAGUUUUACGUCGGUGAAAAAGUUACAAGGAAAGAAAGAGAACGACGAGGAAACUGAACUACCACCGACUUUACACAUUCAUAGAAAAGACGGAACGUACUAUGUCACAAUGUAUCCGAUCAAGCAAGAGACAAUGGACGUACCGAAGCUAGAGCAACCUAUGAAACCCUUGCAAUUUAAAAUCGUAAAGAACAAAGACGACGAAUCUGUGGCAUCGAGCUCGACCGCGUCGGAUAUGGAGAUCGAAUUUUCACCUCCGGCAGCAGUUAAUAGAUAUCGAAAAAAGCCUGACGUCAUUCACAUCGAUACCCAAGUUAAACAGCAAGAUAUACUCGAUGCAUUAAAAAUCACGGAUAUUUCGAAAAAAGAUAAGAAGUUCAAUAAAGGAAGAAAGCUGAGAAAAUGACACGAUUGAAGAACGAUAUUGUUUUCCGUGCGAUCGUGAUCGUAGUAAAAUGGUAAUCCUAAACGGAAUAAUUUUUUCGACGUUAAAAUUAUUUCAAAUU